GGAGAGGCGGAGGAGGGAACGGUAGACCAGGUGCGCUAGUGAGAGUCUUGGACUGAGCCGGAGCGUUGUUGCAGGUUCAGAUGUACUACAGUUUCUGCUCUUAAUUCAACUCUAACCUCCCCGCCCUUUGCCCACCCCCCCCCCCCAGCUUUCCUGGAAGCAUGGAGUCCCCAUCUAGUAUUUCCUUCUACUCCUCUUCCUCCCUCUCUUCUUCCUCUUCCCCCUCGGGAGUGGACAGUGCCCUCAGCGACUUUGGCUUUCCCUCAGAUAGUGAGGGGGAAUGCAGAGGGGCUCAUGGGCACAGGUCAGAGGCUGGUUGGCAGAGGGGAAGUCAACGGCCGGGCCCUCUUCGAUGUUGCCGACGCCCCCUGAGUUCCAGUGGUCGUCAGGCCCCAUCUUGCCUGGAAGGACCUGGCUUGGCUUCUCCCAUGGCUGGUUCAGGAAUGAAAAGAUCAAGAGACAGUGAGGAAGAAACAUGUCUGAACAUCCAGAACCUUAGUACAGAAGGAGAUCGGCUCUUUGCUCAGAAGUGUAAAGAGCUCCAAGGAUUCAUUCGCCCCCUCACAGACCUGUUGAAUGGGCUGAAGAUGGGCCGCUAUGAGAGAGGAUUAAGCAGUUUUCAGCAGAGUGUGGCAAUGGACAGGAUUCAGCGUAUUGUAGGUGUCCUGCAGAAGCCUGAGAUGGGUGAGCGUUAUCUAGGGACCUUGCUACAAGUAGAGGGUAUGUUGAAAACCUGGUUCCCUCACAUAACUUCCCAGAGCUUGCCCUCAGAGGAUGGGAAGCACCGGUUUCUAUCCAAGCGUUUGGCCAGCAGCCAGACCUACCCAACCGGUCCCUCAGCUGAUCUCCCCAGAAAGGAGAUAAGCCAGAUUAAACUAAGAUACCAGGAUCAAGGGAAAGAGAAGUUGCAUUUUCAAGAACAAGAGUUGCCUCAACUCCUCCCAGAAUGGCCAGCCAUGAACUUGACAUGGAUCCAUACAUCCCCCAUUUGCAACCCACCUCUCAGUUCCCUUAGCUCAGCUGCUUUCAGCCAUGGUCUCUUGGGUCCUGGAGCCAGCUUUGGGGUUAUCCUCUUCCUUCAGCAUGGAGCACAGUCUUUUGCAUAUUCAGCACCCACCACUCCUGUCCCUGAUGCUACAGUAUCUCCUGUUGUCUGUGAUGGUCCUAAGAAUCUCCCUGAAGAAGGGCCUCGUUGCUACAGUUUGCCAGUUUCUCUAGCAUCCACCCCACUGACCUCAGAAUGGAGCAAUACCACAUCCUCAUCCUGUUUACCCAUUGUUGCCAGAGGGAAGACAACUAGGAUGGAUGAGAAACAGGCCCUUCAUUUCUGCUGAUGUCCCAUUCUCCCCAUCCCAGCUAUAGGACUGUCCUCUCUGCUCUGGUUUCUAUUUUAUGUGCGUGUUUUUUGAUUUUAUUUUUUGACGUGUGUAUAUUUGUGCUGAGGGGAUAGAAAUCCUCUCUGAUUAAAGUAAUUUUACACCUGAA